AAAGCAAAUCAUGUACUCUAUAUUAUAAAUAGACUCCAAUUUCAUGAAUGACAUCAUGCUAUUGUGCAGGAUGCAAUCAGCAAGUCAGAUUAUCACAGUGAAGGCAUACAAACAAAGCAGAAACUCAAAUUGCCUCAGAAAAAUGCAUGCAUAUGUUCUGUAAGGGACAUCGCCCUGGAAAAACGUUAAAAUGGUUUAAGCGCUCUUGAAACUGAAACUGAAAUUAAGAACGAUUCUAAGAGUUUGUGUGUAUGGUACAUGGACUGCUCUCUGGGUGUAGAAGCCUAAAUGCACAAUCUGUGCACCAGGUAUGCAGGAAAGUGCACUUUUGCCACAUCAUAUACUCAUUUUAUUGGCAGAAGAUGGUGAAGAAAUGGUCGCUACACUGAAGUUUAGGUUUCAUAAGGAAGGUAUUUCGUAGCUAAAUCCAGGUGUGAUUAGUUUACAGCUUUAUUAACUAUAACUGAAGAAACAUAAAUUUAACAUAUAGAUUUUAUGUACAGUUUGUGUAAACAAACAAAACCACAUCAGACAGCCUUAGACUUGGUCAUUUGCUGGUUGUAUAUGAACUGUUUUCUGUGGCUUGUUUUCCGUCUUUAAUAAGUCACACAGAUGUGAACAAAGGGAAAGUUUGAACUGAGCAAACUGUGUCUCUUCCUACAUCAAAUAUGACCAGUGAGUGUAAUCUGAAAGGCAGCAAUGCAGCAUGCAGGUGUUCAGUCAUGACACUACUGCCUUGUCUACAAAAUCAAUAUUUGUUUGCUGUACACAUAUCCACACAUAUCUACAUAUGCGGGGGAGUGGGAGCUCAGUGGUUAAGGUGCUGGGUUACUGAUUGGAAGGUUGUGGGUUCAAGCCUUGGUAUUGCCAAGCUUCCACUCUUGGACCUUUGAGCAAGGCCCUUAACCCUUUGUACUCCAGGGGUGCCGUAUCCUGGCUGACCCUCGUUUUGACCCCAACUUCUAAGCAAGCUGGGAUAUGCGAUGAACGAAUUUCACUGUGCUGUAAUGUAUAUGUGACAAAUAAAGGCUAUUCUUUAUAUUAAAUGCUGUACAUAUAUUUGCAUAUUUAUCUACAUUUGUUUUAUUAAUUUGCACAAUCGCUACUAUCCGCAACACAUUUACACCAAGGAGUAUUUUAUCACAGAUGAAUGAUGUACCAGAACGUUUUCAAAAAAUAUUUGCUUUCUUUCAACCUGGAAACCCCCAAACUCACUGAUAUCAAAACCAGGGAAAAAGAAGACCAGACAAAUGUUUGUCUCGUUACAUACUGUAUAUAUUUAAGUAUAAAAAUAAAGAGACUUCUUUAAAAAUACUUUAUGCAUCAAUAAUUCAUGAAUUCUAACAGCAGUGACAAUCAAAACCGAUGGCAAACCAUUACCUCGAACAUCGGUGUAUAAAAGCAGCUGAUGCUCUUUAUAGGAAGAACAGACCUGUAGAACAGGUUAGAGUUUAGACUAACAAUAGAUCAUCUCUGGGGGAAAAAAAAAAACAGGUUCGUCAGUUUAAGACGGUUAAGAAUAAACAUGAUAUUCAUCUGGAUUUAAUAUGGAUUUCUACAGGUGAGAAUGGUGAAGGAGUGUGCGGUUCCAAGGCCUCGGGGUCAUGUGCCGGCAGUGUGUGCAGUGGUACUGAGCAGUUUGGCGUUGGGGUUGGUUUGGCUGCUGGACUACAGGCUGAUGAGAGAGAUGUCAGGACUUGUUAUAUUUUCUUUGAGCAUGGGGAAGACACUGCACAGCCUCUGUUUACUCACUGAAGAGUGGCUUUUUCAUUCGCAGCAACGGUAUGAUGGCAGAAUCCAGCACAUGCUCUGGGCCUGUUUCAGCGGGGCUACUCAGAUAGGAGUGGGUGUGGUCCUUCUCCUGACCCUGCUGGAAGGUUUUCAAUGGACACAUGACAAGUUUGUCUUUUGUGUCCUAACCUGUGCUUUCUACCUGCUGCUGAAGACCCUCGGAGUUCUGGGCCCUGCUCCGGUGGAGAUCUCAGAGGUGUGCGAAAGCAGGAAGCUGAACGUAGCUCAUGGCUUAGCCUGGUCCUAUUUCCUAGGUUAUCUGAAAUUUGUGUUACCAGAGCUAGAGGAACAGGUGAGAAAACACUACAACCAGACAGGAGAGAUUCUGCAUUCCUCCCGGCUGCACAUCCUCCUGCCUCUGAAUGCAGUGGCCCCAGCCAAGAUGGAAGAAGUGGACCAGAACGUACUUUUCCACCAGAAUCUCCCGGAGAUGCAGCUUGACCGGGCUGGAGUCAGAAAGAGAGUCUACAAACACAGCAUUUACAGAAUCAUCGACCACGAACAAAAGACAUAUUUCUGUGUAGUGGAGUACGCCACUCCACUGCUUACCCUCUAUCAGAUGUCUCAGGACAGCACUGCUGCGUUCAGUGAGCAGGACAGGACACAGCAGGUCCUGCUCUUCUACAGGACUCUCAACCACAUUCUGGAAUGUUCUCUAGAGUGUCGCAACCGCUACCGCCUUAUCCUGCUCGAUGACCAGCAAGCUGAUGGUGAGCCUCAGCAUCUGUCCACGGAGAUUAUCAAGCACUUGCAGCAGCAGGAGCAUGAGAUCCCUAUGGUCCAGCCAGAGGACCUGGCCCAGCCCGUGCCAGAACAGGGCAUGAUCAGAGAUCCACGUUAUCUUCUGCAGCAGGAGGAGCCACUCAGCUCACUUCCCAGUCUGAUGAUUAGCGCCCCACAGUCGUUGAGGUCCGAACCAGAGGAGAAUACAGACUAUACCCAAAACUACUAUAACCACAACAGACAUCUAUAAACCAACGUUAUCACACACUACAUCCUGUAUUUAACUUGUGUUUAUAGUAUCUUUAUAUGUAAUUGUGAAUAUAGUGAAUAUGAUUCGA